UCACAACCCGUCCGUCGCCGUUGUUGUUGUUGUUUACCUGUUUCGCGUUGUCCGUUGUUAUAUUUUUCACGCAUAACGUAAUUCAGCCGUUCGGGAACCACGACCGAGGAUUGCCAUAAUCGUGUCCCGAGAACUGCACGACCGCUUGAAUGCCUGACAAACAGUAAACAGUACAGUGAACGGUCUUCUGUUGACCGUUUUCAGCGCCCGUGCGCAUUAUGUCAGUGGUUCUAGACGAUAAGGACGAGUUCACAAGAAACCCGUUCUUCAGUGAACACGAGCCCAGCAACUAUCAACAGUUUUACGCCACGCUCGGCGUGUGUACCGUGUUCGCCGUCAUCCUGCUCGUUUUGAACCUCUUCUUCUGCUGCUUCUCCAAGCACAGACACUACUGGCGCAACAGUGAAACGGGCAACCGUUAUAUACUGCCCAUUUGGAUAAAGACACCGGCCAAGCAAGCUCCGUUGGACCUUAAAGAGUUGGAGACUAACUUUUCGAAAUCAAAACCUGUGUACGACUCAGGUGUGCCUCAAGAAUUUGUUGAGCUCCACAAAAAAGAAAGUGAUAUCUGAACCGCCAUGUUUCAUGUGUUUGCACCGUUGAUUUUGUUGCUGGCAAUGUUUGUGUUGUUCGUUAUCGUUGCCAUAGUUCGCUAUGGUGAACGGUUCUG